AUUUCAUUCCUUCUCAGUCGCCGGAGAUUUUUUUUUAAUUUUUAUUUUCUGGAAUUGGCGGAAACGCCUAAUUUUUUCGCCAUGUCUAGGCUGAAAUGCCUAGAUCUUUCGAAUCACCGAGUGGUUAAUUGAAAUUUCUGGGCGAUUAAUCGAAAUUUCUGAGCUUAAACGCGGAAAUUUCUGGGUUAAACGCCUAGAAAUUUCGAUCACCCAUACGGUGAUUCGUAAGAUCUAGGCGUUACACCAUAAAUCUGGCGAAAAAUUUGGGCGUUUCUCAUUGUUAUUAUGUAUUAUUACGAGUGGAAAAUUGAACUAUUAAUUAUUGUUUAUAAGAAUGCCCAACAAUUUGUCAGUAGUUUCAGACAGUUUCAAUACUCCAUUUGGGCGAUACAUCUGCCAACUCCAUUCUAUUAAAAAGUACAAUAACAUUUUUUUUUUUUUUUUUUUAUACUUUAUAGGAAAUAAAGUUUAACGAGGAAUCUAGAAAUUAAGUUCCAAGGUUUGAUUUUUACAACAUAAGGUGGUUGGUGGUUGAUUUUGGUCAUUGGUGGCUGUUGAACACAAAGAGAACGGUUUAAAUUUUUAAGUAGGAUAAAAUUGUUAACGAGGUAAAAUUAAUUAUUUUUAUAAUAAGGAUACAUAUGUAAUUGAUAGGUUAUUUUGCGGGCGUUAUUUAGAGAUUCGAGAACGACGUUUAGCUUUCACAUAGAAUAAUGUACUUGAAUUUUUUUUUUUUUUUUUCUCUAAAAUCACCUUUCUCUCUCAUACCUCCGCCCAAAGCAGCAGUAGCCAUCAUCGCCGCCUUGCAAAUGGCGACAGCAACAUAUCCUCCUCCACCACCAUUUUACAAGCUUUACAAAGAUUACACACAAAAUCCUAAAUCGGCUCCUGAACCUCCUCCUCCUAUUGAAGGCACCUACACCUGCUAUGGCGCUACUUACACUACUGAUGAUGUGCUCCCGAGUUUGGAAGAUCAAGGUGUUCGACAGAUGUACCCUAAAGGGCCUAAUAUAGACUUCAAGAAAGAAUUGAAGACGCUCAAUAGGGAGUUGCAGCUGCAUUUGUUGGAGCUAGCUGACAUUCUUGUUGAAAGACCAUCACAGUAUGCUAGGAGAGUGGAAGAGAUAUCGCUUAUGUUCAAGAAUCUACAUCACCUGCUCAAUUCACUACGUCCUCACCAGGCUAGAGCAACACUGAUCCACAUUCUAGAGCUUCAAAUACAACACAGGAAACAAGCUGUUGAGGAUAUUAAAAGGAGGCGAGAAGAGGCACAAAAACUUCUGAAGGAGGCUCUUGUUACUUUGGAAGGACAGUAGCACUUUCUUAAAAGGAAUAUUCUAAAGUGAGAGCACAUUUUUUUAAACUGAUAAGCACACGGUCUGAUGAUCUUGAUCUCUAAUUUGCUUCUGUUCUGUGGUUACAUAAGAAAACAUGGAAGGAUCCACGUCAAUCUAAACAAUGGCUGCGUUACUGGAUGGGUAUGUUGAUCUUGUUUUCGAGUCUAGUCAUGAUGGUAUGCUUAUAAGGAAAUUAACGUGAACAAUCUGAUCUUUGUAUAUUAUGCUCAAUUUUUGUUGUUGACGAGGUGGAGGUUAAGAAUUUUGCUGCUGCUGUUUGAUUGAAUGGAGGGAUGUGAGUGGUGUAGUUUAAGGGGGUUGUGGUGUAUGAUAAGAUUAGGCAAGCUGACUUGUUUGUUGGUGCUGCUCUGUUACUUACCAAGGAAGUGCUCUGUUGCUUAAUAUGACUUUGAUGAAGAGUUUUGAAAGUUGUAAAUGAACAUGUACUUCUUUGUAUAA